GUGCCUGGCCUGUUUUUUCUCACUGCCAGUACCUCUUGUAUUCCAAUUCCAAACAUGGUAUCCAUCUGGGGUCACCCUUUCUUCCGGUGCCAAGACAGGCACAUUCCAAAUGGAACACAAGUGUGCCUCCUGCGCCGGGCUCUCCUCACUCUGUGUGGGGAAAACACAGAGCAGGAUGUGGCCCUUUAUCAUCGCUCGCUGCUGAAGUUUUCAGGCCCAUCGUCCUGUCCUUUCCUCGGGACAAUUUAGGUUUUCUGCUAAGAGCCAAAUGUGAAGACUGGCCUGACAUCUGGAGCCCAGGAAGCUCGCCAGAGCUCUGCCGGGAGGGCCAGCACCCUGCAGAGGGGGAGAGGAUAACAAGUUUCAAACUUCUCCACGAAGUGGCUAUGUUCUGCCUUUCAUUCCCAAAGCUACCAGAAACAUUACUCCUAGGAAAGGUGGCGUCAAUGGUGAGAAGCCAGAGGUGAGAAGGCACCUAGGAGGACAGACUGCUGCUUUUCCUGAGUUUCCUAUGUGGGACACUUGAGCCUGGCAAGGCUUUGAGACGCCCCAAAGAUGAGCGCCAACAGCAGCACACUGGGCCAGCAUCUCUUGCAGGGGCCGGUGUGCACUGGCUGGAAGCAGAAUGUGGAAGGGGCUCUCUACCACCUGGCUAACUGCAUCUUGCUCCUGGGCUUCAUGGGGGGCAGUGGAGUAUAUGGAUGCUUCUAUUUCUUUGGCUUCCUGGGCACUGGCUUCAUGUGCUGUGUACUGUGGGGCUGGUUCAAUGCCUGUGGCCUGGACAUUGUCAUCUGGAACUUCCUGCUAGCAACGGCCUGCCUGCUCCAGCUGGCCCACCUGGUCCACCGCCUGCGCAAGGACACCCUCCCUGAGGAGUUCCAUCUCCUCUACAAGACGCUGUGUCUGCCCCUGCGUGUGCCCCUGCAGGCGUACAAGGAGAUUGUUCGCUGCUGCCAGGAGCAGGUCUUAACUCUGGCCGUGGAGCAGACCUAUGCUGUGGAGGGCGAGACGCCCAUCAACCGCCUGUCCCUGCUGCUCUCUGGCCGGGUUCGUGUGAGCCAGGAUGGGCAGUUUCUGCAUUACAUCUUUCCUUACCAGUUCAUGGACUCUCCUGAGUGGGAAUCACUGCAGCCCUCUGAGGAGGGGGUGUUCCAGGUUACUCUGACUGCUGAGACCACAUGCAGCUACAUUUCCUGGCCCCGGAAAAGUCUCCACCUUCUUCUGGCCAAAGAGAGAUAUAUCUCCUGCCUCUUCUCAGCCCUGCUGGGCUAUGACAUCUCUGAAAAGCUCUACGCUCUCAAUGAAAAGCUCUUUGCCAAGUUUGGGCUGUGCUUCGACAUCCGUCUCCCCAGCCUCUACCACGUCCUGGGGUCUGCUGCUUCAGAUGCAGGGCCAGAGUCUGAGAAGGAGGACGAGGAAGUCCACGAGCCAGCUGCAUCCCCUCCUCAGGCCAUGCCCACACCUGUCCAGCAAACACCCCCUUGCUCUCCCCCGCCAGCUGCCACCAGCCCUCCUGCGCGCCUUUCCAGGGCCGGGAUGUCCCGGCCAGACAGUGGCGUCCUGGGUGAGGACUCCACCAGUCUGGUGCUGGAGGAUUUUGAGGAGGUGUCAGGAUCAGAAUCGUUCAUGGAUUAUAGGAGUGAUGGGGAGUACAUGAGGUGAGGGGAGAACUAAUAUGGGCACAGCCACUGGUUGGAGAUCCUGUGUGAGUACUCAGAAGGCAGCUGUCACACCUUCCUGCCAACAGGUGGCCUUAACUCAGCUUGUAAGGGCAAAAAUAGCAUUUCAGGAAGCCUGUCCUCUCAGACUGCCGGAAAGUGUCAUGAACCCAACCUUGCCUAUAGCAACUCACUGCGCUGCAGGCACGAGGGGAUUUCUAACUCGUUCCUUAUUCAGUGUGAUUGCAUUUUGGAAAGUGGGCUGGUUGACAUUCUGAGCAAGCAGACAGUUUGCUAAAUAUUUUGCAAGACUAUGCUGAUAGCUAAAGGGGAUUUUAUUUGUAGCAUGCAUUUUGUGCUGUUAGGUUUCUAUGAUACCCCUAUCAGGUUAAAAAAAGUUCUAUUCCUAAUUUGCU